GGUCAAACGUUUUUCAUCGUUGAUUUCCAUUACUCGUGCUAAUUGCCCAUUAGCCGUGAAUGACAACACACAUUUUCAUGUAAUGUAGUUAAAUUGUGCACUUUCACUAUUUUACAUUCUCCAUUGCGGCGCCCACUGCACACACAUAGCCAUGACCGACGAGAAGCAUCCAUUCAAUUACGAAGAUUUAAACUUGGACUUUUUAGAGCUUUCACCACCAAGUAAGAAAGAAGUCCAAAAACCUGUCACGACUAUCACCAAUACAACUCCUAUUCGCGCCAAUUCCUAUAAAGCUAAAGAUCUGGCGCAAAGAAUUGCUCAAUGUAAUGAAUUGGUUAAUAAAAUUGAUUUGUUGAAAAUGGAAAAUUCGAAUAUACAGCUGAAGCUAAGAGAUUUUCAGAAAUCGGCCAAUCAAAUUCACAAACUUUAUGACAAUGAAAAAAAGAAGUGCUUGGAUUUGCAAAUGCAGUACCAAACUGGAGAGCUCAAAUCAAAUAAUCUGCACGAACAUUGCGGGCGAUUGGAAAAUGAAGUGGCAGAGAAACAAAUGCAGUUGGAACAAUUAGAAGCUCAAUUAGAUAAUACAAAAGGUCCCUUAAGCUUUACGGAAUUAGCAAUUAAAUAUCUGAAAUUAGUGCAAAAACUCAACGAAGAUGAAACAGUGAAAUUAUAUGACAAGCCACUUUUAGAUGAUUUAACUCGUUACUGUGAAGAGAGGGGUAUGAAAGUGCCUCUUAUGAAAGUAAGGGCUAAAAAUAAGCGUAAACUUAGAAAAGAUAAAGAUAUUCAAUGUAACCUGCUGAACGCUUCAGAUACACUUGUAACAAGGCAAGUCGCUGCACAAUCCACCCAGACAUCAGUAAUACAAAGCAAUCAUAUGCACACACAAACAGUUGCCCCAUUAGCGAGAGAUAUGUGUGCACAAACAUUGCAAACAGAGAAAAAGCUCACUAAGAGUACGCAGAAUCAAGCGGUACAAACAAACUUAAUUGAAUUGCGUUCACAAGGAACACAACAUAUAUCCACUACAACAACACGGGGCACAUCAACUUCAUGCUUUAUCAAAAGACAUAAUGUCGGUACAAUUUUUCCAGAACCAAAGUUAAUUCCAUUAGAAGCGACAUUGGUUGACAAAUUUUUUGAAGUAUGGAACGUAUCACCGCUUAGUCCAAUAUCCGAUCCAAUACCGGAAACAAGUUCUAAUGAAUUUGAUUUAUCAAAAGCUACCACAUUGUUGAGUUUGCCUGAUAAAUCUAAGUCUAUAGGCACUUGCACUUAUAUGUGUAAUGUGCAACGCCAAAUAGAUUAUAUUCCAAUUAUGGAACCAUUUAAACGUUCACAAUCCAGUUUGCCGUUUAUAUAUGAUAAUGUGAAGUACGAAAUCAACGCCACCCCAUCAUCAACACCACCACCACUAUCACCUCUAGCUACAACACAACUUAAUGAAAAUGCUGAAACUUCGGGUUUAGCGACCAACAAUAACUUAAACAAUAUUAGUAAUUUACAACCAUUGAUAAGUGCAUUAACGAACCUUCCCGAAAUGCAUCCAGAUGUAUUUUCUACGGUUUGGCAAAUGGCUGGACAAAUGUUUAUGGGACUUCUAUACUCGUCUACCAGUAAGCACUUGCGAGCGCAACAGUUUAAUAGACCUAAUGAUUCACAUACCUUGCAACAGUUUAAUAAUUGGAUACAUACGUUAUACGAAUCUAGGCAAAUUUCACAGCAACAAGCAGAAUCACCGUUACCAACGCAAUGUGAGCAAGAAGUAAAUAGGAGGGAAAACACCUUUGACUUAAAUAGGGUAAAUAAUACGAAUAUAACACACUCUAGCGACGUUUCAACACAAUUUGAAGGUACCCCGAGAGAAAUCGCUUAUGAUAGCAACACUAAUUCAAUGAGUGAUCUUAGCGAUAAUAAUAUUAGUACAGAUGAGAGUACACAAACUCAUGGUGGAUGUGAGAAUUUUGAAAAAUGGAUAUUCAAGGAACCACUCGAAAUACCAAAGCGAUCCGUCAAACAAGUGCGUGGCCAGAAAAUUGCCACAGAAGAACCACACACAGAAGGUACCAGACAUCGCAAGAAUAACAAAAAACUAAAGAAACGGUAUAAAACAAAAAGGACAAAACUAGUCGCGACAUCUAUUAUUAAUAACGAAACAGAUUUUAAAUCCGGUAAUAGGGAAGUUAUAGUAGACCAAAAUGAAAAAAUCUUCCUCACUGCUGUCGAAUUUUGCGCCAAUCUUUACAGCUGCAAUCAAGAUUGCCAUUUAGAGAACGGCCGAAAUGGUACUGUGUCGGAAAGUAUCUACUCAGCACAUUUAGAAGAUGAUUGUAGUAAUGAAUCUGUAAAUGAAAAGCAUAGUGAGGAUAAACAACUAAAUAAUACUAGUAUCGAUCUAGAUAUUAAUGCUGAAAAAGAUAGACCCAACUCGUUAUGUGCUAAUGAAAACCAAUUAAUAUUAUUACAAGAUAAAAGCAGUGCGAAURUGGUCAUGUCUGAAGACAUAAAAGUACCUCAACUGUACGACAGUGAAAGAAGCAAAUGUGAUAGUUUCGAAAUGACUGAUACCAGAUGUUCAAUUGAAAAUCUGCAGAAAGUAUGUGAAAAACAAACUAAACAAAACCUUAAUUUUGCAUAUAAAAUAUUUGGAAGUGAUUCAGAUGAUAGCGACGUUGAUAUUACACAAACAAAUAGCUCGCUACAAGAACAACAAGAUACAAAUAGCUCUACAAUAUUCGAUAAUAUAUUUAUCUCAAAUGAUGUGAAUACUGAAAUGUGUGCUGUUUUGAAAGAACCUGAAAAAAAUAUUUUCCAUAAAGAGUGUUUGGAACAUAAUAUGUUUGAGGAAACCAAAAACAUUGGGAUACUAACGAACAUUUCUGAAAGAACCCAUAAGCAAGAAGAACUAAAAGAAAAUGCAACUGAAUUCAGUAGUAUGAGGGUCACAGAUCCAUUCCAGAUCCAUUCCAUAAACAAUGGUGCAGAUAUUACCAACAAUCUUGAAGAAAUACAUAAAAUACAUAAUUUUCUUCCGAAUAUCCUUCCGCCUGAUACCAAUGAGUUAACCAAAGGGACCGAAAGUACUAAGCUUGCAGACACUUAUAAAUAUCAGUGUUCAAUGAAAGCAACAGAGUUCCAACAAAAUGAGGCUAUUUCAUUAACAUCAACAAAAACAGCAUCUAUUCAACCUUUAUACAAUUCUCACAAUGAAAAUGAAGAAGUCGACGAACCCAUACUUGUUAUAGUCGAAGGAACUCCUGAAAAAAUAUGUAAAACUAGAACCCACUCCGAUUCCAGCGUGGACUACGAUGCUGCAUCCGAUUAUAGAAUUUCUCAGACAUCCUCAAAAAGUCUUUCUCCAUCAAGUAGCAGUGAUUUCGAAAUCUCUGUUCUACUUACACAAUCAGUUAUGGGAAAUUCACCAACAAAACAACUAGUCAAUAGCAUAUUUGAAUCAGCAAAUGAGCAAAAAGUGCCAUGUAGGCGUGGUCGAAAACGAAAACGUUCUAUGACUCCCGUUGCACUCUGUAAACGCUCAGCACGUUUGCGAGAUAAACAAAAGCGUGAUAACCCAUUAAGUAGCGAUGAGGGCUUAUCCUCGCCAACAAAGGACUCAAAUGAUCCUGCGAUAUGCCAUUCAGAGCACUUAACACCCCAAAUCGUUCAAAGCGUUAGCACAUCUGAGUGCACCUUGGCAUCCAGUUCAGAACUGAGCUUAGAAAUAGGUAUGCAAAAUCCUGAGCUUGAUUCAACGAUUAAUCAAUUAAAUUCAGAAUCACCAAACUCACCUCCACCAGAGACAGUCAGUGAAAACUUAUUAGUUGACACGCAAAUAACACAAACAAUUCCUUUGGAAUUGAACAGGAGCCAUUAUCCAUCUAGCCAAAAAAAUAGUGUACUCCAAAACUUUAUCAGGAAAUAUUCUUUUGAACUUUUUGCAACCAUAACGGGAAAGAGGAAUAAAAGUGAAGUAGAAUCUAAAAUCGCACUUCAACUCGCAGACUUCCUGAACAAAACCCGUGACCAAGUAGAUGUAACGGCUUCUACACUUGCCGCAUCUCUACUGGAGCAAAUGGUGGAUUGUGAAAUAUUAGCCAGUCUGAUAAUUGAACAAAUUUGCAAAGCACCGCGCCCAGAAAUCGAGUUGAAUUGUGAGUUAGCACGCGUUCCACCAAAAUACAUCGGUACACACUUACGACUUAUAUUGAUCGUGUUGCGGCACCUACAGCAAAAACGCCCGGAGAUCAUCGCUGAGGUGCUGCUAAAAAUUGAAAGUAGAUUGUUUAGUUACCUGUGGAAUGAAAGGUUAUCAUUAAACACUCUUUUGAAUCUCACCCAAUUGUACUUAAUUGUUAUACCUCUCCAUAAUGCUGUACACAAUCCUGCGCGCCUAUUCAUUGCCAAAAGCUUAUAUUAUCACAAUAAGAAUGCAUCACCAAUGAUUUACGAAGUACUUUGUUGGUAUCCUACCACGCUGCCACAUCGCUACGAAUCUAAUUAUGAUAAAUCAGAUGCAUUAAUCACCGUUAUUCAACAUUUGUUAAUGUCUACAACAUACAAUAUGGAUACAAAGGAUUUACGUCAUAGAGAACUCCUAUCAAUGCUAAGAUUCGAAUAUCACUUUGAACCCUUCAAACCAAAAGCACUCGAAGUUUUGACGAAUCUAGUGACAAAACUUAAGAGCGGCAAGCUAGCAAAUCUUAUGUACGCCUUCGCCAUCUUUUGCAAACGAAAUAUUAAACUUGUAGAUACUUUACUACAGCAACAGUUAUUGCCACUAGCCGAGGAAUACUAUAAGCGUGUGCAGCAUACGAACGAAUAUGAUGAACGUAUUGCUGUUUUAAUGGACUGUAUAUCGGCUGUGGUGAAGCCACUGCCUCUCACCACAGAUGUCUCCGUUUACUUUUCGAUUUUCGAACGCUUCCUUUGCGCUGUACAGCGACCGGUCGUUCAAGAAGCGGCUGUAUUAGCCAUAUUGCGCUUUCAACGAUUUGGUCAAAAGCGCUGUUUUCAUGCACUUGCUAACUUCAAACCUCAUUAUCCACUGCAAAUGGUAACAACCAAUGCGCUCAAAACUUUUGUACAUAGAAAGCCGUUAAAAUACUGGAAUGGCUUAAUGUCAACUAUUUCUAAUUAAAGCUAAGCUUUAGCUUAUUUUCGAAGAGAUUUUAACUUUUUAAUUUAUAUUUUGAAUUUUUAUGUUACGUCACAUAAAUUUUUUA